AUGGGUCACCGAGCACAAAACCGAACUUCUCAGCUCCUCGAUCUGAACUCUAUAGAAAACAUGGAGCUUGAAAAUCUAAAGGGUCUGGAGAAAUCCUGUAUAAAGGAACGGUCUUUUAUCUCUUAUGAGGUGCUCUUCAAACUCUUUGGGCAUUAUAGGAGAAAACUCAGAGCUGAGAAUCCGUUCUUCCGGCCUUCAUCUAACGGUGAGGCUAGAGGCCAGCGCCGAGCUAACGCAGACAGCAGACACAUGCGUCACUCCAUCACCCGCAAACCUGCUGACUCAUCUCACAGGAAGUGCUCCGAGGACCGGACACAACAGGAAGCGCUCGAGCAGACAUACGGGAGGCGAGAGGAACUUUCCAGCGCGAGUGAACGGGAGAACAAGCGCGCAAAAAGGAAGGACGCUGGGAAAAUACGAUCGGCAGCGAGCGGAAAGUUUGAGCGAAGACCACGUUUUCCAGACUGUGUGUAUGGCUGUCCCGUCGCCAAGAAGAGAAAACCUCUGGAGAGUCAUGCCCUGGAGCCUGCAGCAAAGAGGAAGGUCUUUCUUGAUGGUCGAAGAGAAGCGUCGAUGGAGAUAUGCUACAAAACGCACAAAAUACAGGAGGAGAUGGAUGAAAAAGAGGAGGAGGAGGAAGAGGAGGAGGUGGAGGAGGAGGAGGAUGAAGAAGAAGAUGACGAUGAGGAAAAGGAAGAUGAAGAGGAACCGGAGGAGGAAUACACUGACAACGAGGACCAAUAUGAACAGGAAGAGGUGGAAGUGAUUAAUGGAGAAGAGGAAGAGGUGGAGCAGGAAGAGGAGGAAGUGGUGGAGGAGGAGGAAGAGGAAGAAGAUGUAGAGAGAGGGGAGGAUGAUGAAGAGGAGGAUGAGGUGGAGGAGGAAGAUGAGCAAGAGGAUGAGGAACAAAUUCAAGAAAUAGAGAGUGACCAUACGAAUUGCAGUCCCAGCAGAACAAGCCCUUCCAUGGAGAAGGACAACAACAACAACGAUGAGUACGACAACUACGACGAACUGGUGGCUAAAUCCUUGCUUAACCUGGGCAAGAUCGCAGAGGACGCCGCUUACCGGGCCAUGACCGAGUCCGAGAUGAACAGCAACUCCUCAAACAGUGCGGAAGAGGAGGAAGAGGAGGAGGACGAGGAAAGCGAAGAAGACGAGGACGAAGAUGAAGAAGAUGAGGAUGAGGAGGGCUCAAGGAAAGGUGAGCUGAGUCUAGAUGUGAACAGUGAUGUGGUAAGAGAGACUGUGGACUCUUUUAAAGCUCCUGGCGCGAGUCACGGAGUCACGCUCUCAGAAAACCUCCACGGAAAGCCGUUUCAUGAUGACGGGAGGCGAGAACACGGACUGCGAUCUGCGGAAAGCGGAUCCAUGGGUAAUGGACUCAGCAGUAACUGUGGUAAACCCACCGCUAAUGGUCAGAUGGCAGAGAAAAGUGACGAGGAAGUUUGUCUGAGCAGUUUGGAGUGUCUUCGCAACCAGCUUUGCUUUGACUUGGCACGCAAGCUAAGCGAGACCAAACCAGCCGAGCGGCUCAUCAGUAACCAGCAGGAGAUUCAUCAGCUUUAUCAAGAGGCCCAGCAGCAGCAGCAGCAGCAGCAGCAUCAGAGUCCUGAGGAGUCCCGCAUCCUCGAGAGGAACUACUCUGACAUGGUCAACCUGAUGAAGCUUGAGGAGCAGCUCAGCCCACGCUCCAAGACUUUCUCCAGCUGCGCCGCAGAGCACAAGGGCUUCCAGGACUGCGAUGAAGACACCACCUCCGUCACGUCGGACCGCUCAGGCGUUUUCGACAUGACCAAAGGCAACCUGUCGCUGCUGGAGAAGGCCAUAGCUGAAACGGAGCGGACCAAAGCUUUGCGGGAAAAAAUGGCUUCAGAAGCAGUCAGGAGAGAUAGACUGCACUUGCAUGAGGAUGGUUUGAGGCACAGCUAUGCGGAGGAGCGGAAGGCACGUCUGCACCACGAUGGCCUAAAGAAGCCCUACUACCUUAAAGAGUCUUCACGGUCGGGGAAAAAAGAGAGCCGGUGUCCAACACCUGGGUGUGACGGCACAGGUCAUGUGACGGGUUUGUACCCGCACCAUCGCAGCCUGUCUGGAUGCCCUCAUAAAGACAGUCCGCCAGAAAUUCUUGCAAUGUAUGAAAAUGUUCUUAAGUGCCCUACGCCUGGCUGCACGGGCCGGGGUCACGUCAACAGCAACAGGAACUCUCACAGGAGCCUGUCAGGCUGUCCGAUAGCGGCAGCAGAGAAACUGGCAAAAGCCCAUGAGAAACAUCAGUCAUGUGAUGGAGGCAAAUCCAACCAGGGUUCAGAUCGUGUGCUCAGGCCCAUGUGCUUCGUCAAACAGCUGGAGAUCCCACAGUACGGCUAUAAAAACAACGUGCCCACUUCAACCCCACGAUCCAACCUGGCCAAAGAGUUAGAGAAGUACUCCAAAACCAGCUUCGACUACAACAGCUAUGACAGCACCAACGUCUACAGCAAACGGCACGCUGCUGCACCCAAACUCCACAGUCGAGACUCACUGCCCAAAACUGACGACGUGAAGCGCUACUGCAAGAGCUCCAGUUCGGCGAGCAGCACCACCAGCAGCUACGGGCCCAGCAGCAGCAGCCUGAGCUGUGGAGGAGGAGGAGGAGCGCGAGGAGGAGAGAGCAGCGCCAGCAGCACCUGCAGCAAGAGCAGCUUCGACUACACGCACGACAUGGAGGCGGCGCACAUGGCUGCUACCGCCAUCCUCAACCUCUCCACCCGCUGCAGGGAGAUGCCCCAGAGCCUGAGCGGGAAACCCCUGGAGAUCUGCACGCAGUCUGAUGAUCUGGAUCCCUUCCAGGACAUUCUCGAGGACAGCGCAUACACUACCGAUGUCGGCAUUCCCAGUCCCAAACCCAAAUUUCCUCCUUGCAAAGAAAGCAAAAAGGACCUGAUAACUCUUUCAGGCUGUCCUUUAGCAGAUAAAAGCAUUCGGAGUAUGAUGGCCACCAACUCACAAGAACUCAAGUGCCCGACCCCGGGCUGUGACGGCUCGGGACAUAUCACUGGCAACUACGCUUCACACAGAAGUUUGUCAGGAUGUCCACGGGCUCGGAAAACUGGAAUAAAGAUAACACACAGUAAAGAGGACAAGGAAGACCAGGAGCCAAUCAGGUGUCCGGUCCCAGGAUGUGACGGUCAGGGUCACAUAACGGGCAAAUAUGCGUCCCACCGCAGCGCUUCAGGCUGCCCGCUAGCUGCCAAACGACAGAAGGACGGCUACAUCAACGGAUCCCAGUUCACGUGGAAGGCCGGGAAGACGGACGGCAUGUCGUGUCCCACUCCAGGCUGCGACGGCUCUGGACACGUCAGCGGCAGCUUCCUGACCCACAGAAGUCUCUCUGGUUGCCCACGUGCCACAGCAGCAAUGAAGAAAGCCAGGCUGUCAGGAGUGGAGAUGCUCACAAUAAAACAGCAAAGGAGCAACGGUUUAGACUGCGACGCAGAUGUUAAACAGCUGGAUGAAGACAUAAAAGAUCUGAACGAAUCAAACUCGCAGGUGGAAGCAGAUAUGAUCAAACUCAGAACGCAGAUUACCACAAUGGAGUCUAAUCUGAAGUCCUUAGAGGAAGAAAACAAGAAAUCGCUUCACAAAGAGGCUCCGGUUCGACAUAACAGCUGUUUACAUCAGAGAGAGGCGAUGAGCGAACAGAACUUUGACGCAUACGUGACCACGCUAACGGACAUGUACACGAAUCAAGAUCACUAUCAGAGUCCAGAGAACAAGGCCCUGCUGGAAAAUAUAAAACAAGCUGUGCAAGGCAUUCAAGUCUAGCAUCUCAGAGCGCUCCUAAGACGAAGGAACGCUGAGGAAAGACGACGCUUCCAGAAAAAAAUCCUAAUCCUCAUAUGGGAUGUUUAUCAAACGGUGUUAAAUUCACCUUCUUUUAAAAAGUGUUAUGCUGACUAAACAUGGUUUUUCUUUCGGGUUUAUUUUUCUGGCCUUGCUCUGAAAAUGGUUUUUUGAAGGUGUACACAUUUCGUAUGUUUUCAUAUUGGCUAAUGUAAUGUGACUCAUCCUUCUCGCCGCUCAUCGAUGCACCUUUUUAGUGUAUAUUUUCGAACAGUAACACGCCCAGUGCUGAACAUCGGUUGAUGCUUGCAACCUGGAAAAAGUCAGCCACUAAACAUCACGACGAUGUUUCCUGCCAUUAAUGGAAUGGCCGUAGUUUAUUUUUGUCAUUGAAGGAAACAUCUGCUGAAGAUGUACCCAUCCUCAGACAUCCAAGAUGGAGCUGGGUUUAUUUCUAAAUGUAGAGUUACAUCUCUGGCUCGUUGAUAGAUGCUCUGCAGUGAAUGGGAGACGCCGAAAGGCCGAUAGAAACAUGGCUAUAAUCCACAGCACAAUCAGUUAGCAUCUCGUGAAGCUUGCGUGUUUGCUGAAUCAUGACAGAAAUAUGCAGAUAUUACAAGCCACGCGAGCCAUAAUUCUAAUACGGUAACAAAUACGUGGACAACAAAAAGAGAGGAACGUUUUCCCCGGAGGAGCAACAUUGCGGACAAGGCCAGAAGCGACAAAAAUGACUUAACGGAUGUUCCUUAAGACAUGGAUCUUCUUGCACCGCAAGAUGUAGUGAUGCGGAUUAUUGUGAGGUUUUUAUCGGCUGUUUGAGAAAUAAUUCUGACGGCAAAUGACACGUUUUCGUAGCGUUCAGGAAGGCCCCAUGGUGGGUACAUUUUCAGCAAAUGUUCAUCAGUAUCAAUGAUGCGGGGAAAAAAGAUCAAACAAAAGCUCGUCGCGGAGACCCUGUUACUGCAUCAGAAUGCAAAAGGAAACGCUUUGAUUAUUUGCGGCUCCCUCAGUUAAUCUGCAUCAACGUAACGGCACUAGCGGCUCUAAACGUCACGCCGUGAUUCGGUCUCUCCUUGAAAUAACAGUAGCCAGAACGGAACUGUCUCAGCAAUAUAUGACUUAUCCAUGUGUGUAAAAAAAAAGAGAUGCAAUCUAUGUGGUGGGUAUAUGCAAUUUCAUGUUUGUAAACAGUGGAAGCUACAAAAUCUUUUUACUAUAUGUAAAUUAUUGAUUUUUAUAUAAAUCUUUUAAUACAAAUGUUUUAAAGGGACGGAAAGGCUGAAAAUUAGGUCGAGAGACGUACUCUAUGAGUUUCAUUUUGUUCCUGUAUACAGCGCCGCGCAAGGGACACGGUUGUUUCCAUGCCUGGAUGUUUGUACAGCGUAGAAGGUGUCUGUGAAGAAUAUAGACAAUGAAAACGGGACCUACAGGGUUUUUGCCCCCCACUUUUGUGCCAGAAGACUAUUUGCACUUAGCCCACCUUCGGUCGAUGUGCAAUCUCCGGGUGUCUCUUUGGCACGAGGAAGGCAUGAUGACAAGCGUUCAGUGGUUCGAGGAGAUCAGAGAUUACAGGGAUUUGAAAUAUUAACGAGGACAAUAUCUUUACGGGAAAUAUUGUGCAUUUUUAAAUAACAACGCUAGUUCGUCGAGUAUGUUCUAUAUCAUACUAAAUAAUCCCCAGCAGCACUUUAUGUCUAAUCACUGUACAAAAUCAUUAAAGAGUAGUCGAUCGAAAUAAAGCGUUUUAAGAAAAAAAAAAAUGGGAUCGGUUGUUCAAGUCAGCGGUAGAGUUCGGGGUCGUCGCGGCAUUACGCGAACCCCUAAUUUCCAUUGUACUAUUAGCCGUAGCAACCUUGUUAAUACCUUACUGAGAGCUAAUGCAAAGGUGCUUGUACUUCACUGGAUCUCGUCCAUUGUACUGAUCGGUCCUUUUCAGGGCUCCGUCAUUCAUGCACAGCAUCACAUCUGCAGCUUUUUGCCAAUAUAGUAAUGCUUUCGAUAGAGAAAUAGCUAGCAUAAGUUUUUGAAUCAAUUAUCGUCAUCGGUACAAUGGAAAUGGGAAUUUAAGCACAAACAUGCUGCUCAUUUACUGUCGGUGCAUAAUACUUUUUUUAAACAUAUUAUGUGACUAAUUACUCAACGUAAGACGGAAAGAAGUCACAUGUUCGAAUGCUGAUUUUUCAUAUGAAUUAUUGUGAAUUCAUGAGUUCAUUUAUCUGAAAUUCUUCAUUUCAAGGUUGAUUUGUUUAAUCAUCGAUGAAGACAGGAUUUUGUAUAAACUAUUGUGCUCUCUGUGGAACUGGAGUUUGAUUUAUUUUUGUACGAUACAGCAUGAAUUUGUUUUAAUUUUACUAUAAAUGUGUGAGAUCACAAGUUACAGUGAUUUUUCAUUUUUAAAUCGUGAAAUUUGUACAAUAUUUGUCAUGCUGGAUGUUGACACAUCGUACUCUGAAUAAAGAAAAUGGUGUUGCCACA